UGAGUCGUGCAAUGUAACUAGUUUCCCAUUCUAAAAAUCGGGUGCAUUUGUGCGUUUUCUGAGUAACAUUCUGUUGGUCCAUAACAAAGUAUAUGUUUGAAUCAAUGUCUAUUAACACCUGGGGAUGAGAUCAGCCUUAAAUAGGGGCUUUCAACUCCCCCAGCUCACUUCUUCAACUCAAGUACAACGCUCAUCUCAGUUCAGAUCAACUCUUCAAAAUGUCUUCCAACAGAAAAAGCAAACCAAACAGACGUCUGUUCCUGUGUGAGGUUUGUUUGAAGCCUCAAGUUUGUCUCUCUAAACAUCUCCGGCAUGUUUGUAUGAAACACUCUACACCUGAACAAGUGAAAGAGAAAGUUCGGGCUGCAAAAGUCUCUGCUCGUAAAUUUGAAACAGUCGGCAGGUUUUGGGACUACAGGCUUCUCCGAAAAACCCUCAAGAGUGAUGAGGACAGGACCAAGAUGGUGGACAUGCUGAAGGAAAGGGGUUUUAUUGUUACUAAUGUCCCUAAACCAUUGAUUGCAGUCCCUCCUGCUCAACACCAGGAAGAAACUGUUCAUCCAGAACAGGAACUUGAUACACCAACUGCACCACCAGUGGGGUCAGGUGACCCCGGGGAGUUUCAUCAAAAGUGUAUUAACAGAUUACAUUUUCUGACAAUGGGCAUCAGCACGCCUUUUGAUUGCCAGCUGAUCCUUAGGGUUGCUAAGAAGGACUUCAGGGCUGUCAUUUCAAAGCUAGUGAAUGCAACAGCUGAAUCACCACCACUGGAUCCAAAGGAACACUCUCUAGUUGUGAACUAUCUGGUGGCUCUCCUGACGCUAAAGCUCCUUCUGCACGCAAGGGUUAUUAGAAACAUGACUGUCACUGAUUGGCUUAAUAGAGUGAAGACCAAAUUCAAUGGCAAAGAAUAUGUCGUUGUGGGAGGGAGGCAAACAGCUGCCUUUGCCCUGAAUCAACACGAGGAGAUGUGGUUUCAGUAUUAUUAUAUUGAAAUACGUCCAGAACGGCUCAGGAACAAUCCGAAUUCAGGAGCAAUGGUUGAUCGCUCGGAUGAAUUGUUCUUCCUCAACUCCAAAGGAAUGAAUAUGUGCAAUCUCUGCACUGACCUUGAACGGUUUCUAAAACAAUACAAGUGCCCAAAGGUGACCAUAAAACAUACAAGACACUCCUUUGAGGACGCCGCCGAUGAAAGCUUGAACAGCACUGAGGUGUCCCUGAUUUCUAAUUAUAUAUUACAGUCAGGUGCAACUUCUGAAAAUGACAACCUCAUGCUACAUCCUGAAAACGUCGUCCAGGCAUGUGUUCUGCUCAGCAAGUUAGCAAGGGACCCAAAUCCCGAAUCAAACAAGGCAGGGCCAUCGAGGACAUUAACGAGAGAGUACCGAUCAAUCAGGAUGGACAGGCAGAAAAUUUAUGAAAGCUUUACCCAAGCAUAUCCAGUGAGCUUGGAAGGCGUUGUCCCCGCAUUUCCACUUAGAGGAACGCUGACUGGGGUGCAUGACCGCUAUUGUACUGACAGAUGGAGGAAGAGUCAGAGAGAUUUGCGGACAGAGCAUGUCUUGUCGCACUUCUCUAGCCAGCUGCCAACUGUGGAGGAUAUCAAGAAGUGGAUGUCCAGACAAAACUGGUCGCAGAACUUCCUGAAUCCACAAAACGUUCAGACAAAACUGGCUGCAAAACUUUCUGAAUCCACAAAACGUUCAGGUGGCAUGGAUGCUUAACCGGGAGAUGAGCUCCAAAGCGGGUGGUCUGGUCACCCAGGAGUAGUUGGAUGUCCCGAGGUGGAAUUGCUUGGUGUCCGAGGUGGCAGUGAAGGCCUUAGGUGUGCUUUCCUCCUGGUCUUUUUUCCCGUUGAUGUCAUUCACCUUGGCGAAGGGUUAUCCCAGGCAAAAACACCAAAUGGGCUUCAUGUUCUUCAUGGAUGAGAAUGGGACUGCAAGAACCACUGAUCCAAAAGACUCCUGCCAUCCUGACUUUCAAAACCAUUACCAUUUUUGGGUGUUGUCUUGCUGUUGCCUCUCCAGUGCACCUGUUGUCACUCUCAUUUGCACCAAAACAGGUGACAUUGCUUCACAAUCACUUAAACUAAAAUCUAACUGGACAGAUUGUUAUCCCUGAAGUUUAAUUGGUGUCAUACUGUGAUGAUAAGGUGUUCUGUAAAUUUUUUGGAGCAGUGUUAGUGAUUUGUCUCAUUACUGUAUAGAGUAAAAACACAGUGCAGACACAUAGAUGUUACUGAUGAUUGUUUCAUGUUUUUAACUGGGCAAGUUAAGGAAAGAAAAUACCUCAACAAACCUCAAUAUAAUAAAUUUGCUUCAAACAAAUCUGUUUUCAAAAGGCUGAAACAUACGUUUGAAAGAGCAAUUUGAAGUAAGAUACUGUUGGUCCUUCCAAACACGGUACACUUCACCAUCACCAUUGUAACAUAACAUAUA